UUUAAAGUUACUGAAAAAAUAACGUGAUAGAGUCUGAAUUACGGAGUUUGGGUCAGGUAAUAAAUUUACCCUAAUGUCUCAAUGCAUUUUAUUUUUUUAUUUAUUUAUUUAUUUUUUUGUUUUGUUAGUUUUUAAAACUUUUUUUAAUCAAAUAUUGACUACAAAGUCCACACUUGGCUUAAAUAGUCAGCAGUCUACUUUAAAUAGCAAUUAUAGCACGUGCUAGUGUGCUACCCGGAUUUUUUUUUUUUAAAAAAAAAAAAAAAAAAAAAAAAAAAAAUCUUUGACGGAUUUUUUUCCCUUCUUCUUCGCUGUAGAUCCGCAUUCUCUCUCCUCAUUCAACGGCUACUUGUCCUUCCCUUUAUCGGUCUCUCGGAGUUUGCUGUUUGGCUGUUUAAGGACUGAGUAGUAUCCAAUUUGAGAUCUGAAGUUUUGAAAAUUCAAGUGUUGGGCAAUACCAUUAGAGUUGACUGUGAUUCAGUGAAGCAGGACUAAGACGGAUCAUUGUUUUCAAAUUACCAUUCUCAGAAUUUUGGUAUGAUGGGUCACAAAGAAAACCAGGACUCGUUAACAAGUAACUUGGGUAAUAUUGUACGGAGAUGCUUGUUUGGUGUCCUUUCUAUGGGACCAAUCCCUGAUCAUAUUGCUUUCAUUAUGGAUGGAAACCGAAGAUAUUCUAGGAGAUUGAAAUUAGAGGAAGGAGCAGGACAUAAGUUAGGCUUUACUGCUCUAAUGUCCAUGCUUAAGUACUGUUAUGAGCUGGAAGUGAAAUAUAUAACUGUAUAUGCCUUCAGUAUCGAUAAUUUUAAAAGACGUCCUGAGGAAGUGAAGUUUUUGAUGGAGCUUAUACAGGAGAAGGUUGAAAGCUUGUUAAAAGAAGAUAGCAUUGUUAACCAAUAUGGAGUUAGAGUUCAUUUUAUCGGGGACUUGAGGCUACUAGAUGACUCCGUAAGGUUAGCUGCUGAGAAGGCUAUGGCAGCCACUGCUGGUAAUUCCAAAGCCGUGCUCUCAAUUUGCAUCGCUUACACUUCUACCAAUGAGAUUGUGAAUGCUGUUCAACAAUCUUGUGAAGAGAAAUGGGAUGAACUUAGAAUACUAGAUUCAUGUGGUGCAGCGUAUGGGUUAACUGACUAUACUGGCAAUGGGCACACGACAGAGAAACACUCAAUAGGUGUGAUGGAUAUUGAGAAGCAUAUGUAUAUGAAGGUUGCUCCUAAUCCUGAUAUUGUUGUCCGGACGUCCGGAGAAAACCGCUUGAGCAAUUUUCUUAUCUGGCAGAGUGCACACUCCAUUCUGUAUAGCCCCUCUGUGCUUUGGCCUGAGAUUGGUCUUUGGCAUUUAGUUUGGGCUGUCCUGAAUUUCCAAAGAAAUCAAGCUUGUUCGGGUAAGUAAAAAGCGCGACAUCACUGAUGAUAACAAAGAAAGAAAGACGAUUGCAGGAGCUGGAAUCUAUGAAGAUAAGUGAAGGGUGUAGUUGACAUCUUGAUAUGAUUAUAAUGAUUAGCAAAGUGAUGUAUGUGAAUUUAGUGACGAAAAUUAUAAACCUCAAUAUUGUAGUGUUGUUUACGGUGUAGUUUACAUUUUACAACCAAUUACAGCCAGUUACUCCAUAAA